GAAGCCGUCACGCAAGCUUCAGGUAUCGCAAGCCACAUCCAUCAAUCGAAAGGUCAUCGCUAUGAGGUGUUGCGAGACCGGCGAUUAUCUAUACCCAUCAACGUAAUACGAACGAUACACGGAUAAACGCAAUCCCCCUUUCUUUUUCCUGAUUCCGCGGCCUCGCGCCAGAGCAACCAGGUGUCCGUGGUGGACGGCGCCUCUUCUGUGAAGCCCAUCGUCGUCGACUCAGCAUGUCUUCGUUUCCACCUCCCCCGCCGCCGGGCUGGGGACCACCUCCUCCUCCACCUCCGCCUCCCGGGUCUCAAUCCGCUCUGCCUCCCCCCCCUUCGGUCCCAGCGCCUCCUCCGCCGGGAUAUAGGCCCCCUACCGACCCCCAGAUUGCCAAGUUCGCCCAGAAGAAGACGGAAUGGCUUCGCUCGCAGCGGAAUCGAUUUGGGGAGAAGCGCAAGGGCGGGUUUGUCGAGACGCAAAAGGCAGAUAUGCCGCCGGAGCAUCUCCGCAAGAUCGUCAAGGACAUUGGCGACGUUUCCCAGAAAAAGUACACGAACGACAAGCGCAGCUACCUGGGAGCCCUGAAGUUUAUGCCGCACGCCGUCAUGAAGCUCCUGGAGAAUAUGCCCAUGCCGUGGGAGGCAGCAAGAGAAGUCAAGGUGCUCUACCACGUGAACGGAUGCUUGACACUGGUCAACGAGAUCCCUCGCGUCGUAGAGCCCGUCUUCUACGCGCAGUGGGCCACAAUGUGGACCAUCAUGCGUAAGGAAAAGAGCGACCGGCGAUUGUUCAAGCGUAUGAGAUUCCCUCCGUUUGACGACGAGGAGCCGCCUCUUUCCUGGUCCGAAAACAUCGAGGAUGUUGAGCCUCUGGAGCCCAUUCAGAUGGAGCUUGAUGAGGAUGAAGAUGCGGCCGUUUUCGAGUGGUUCUACGACCACCGACCCCUUGUCGACACGAGCCAUGUCAACGGCCCGAGCUACAAGAGGUGGAAUAUGUCUCUACCGCAGAUGGCCGCGCUCUACCGGUUGAGCCGUCCCCUCAUUUCCGAGGUAGUCGACCAAAACUACUUCUACCUAUUCGACUUGAAGAGUUUCCUCACCGCCAAGGCGCUGAACGUCGCUCUGCCGGGCGGCCCCCGCUUCGAACCUCUAUACAAGGACAUCGACCCCAACGAUGAAGAUUUCGGCGAGUUCAAUGCCAUCGACCGUAUUAUCUUCCGGAAUCCAAUCCGCACGGAAUGCAGGGUCGCGUACCCUUACCUGUACAACUCCCUGCCCAGAAGUGUGCAGCUGUCGUGGCAUUCGUACCCUCAGAUUGCCUAUGUCCGGACUGAGGACCCCAACCUCCCUGCCUUCCACUUCGACCCGAGCAUCAACCCCAUUUCGUCUCGAGCCGUCGCACCUAAAAUCGCCACCAUCAGCCACGAGGACGAGCUCUUCGGCAAAGAUAGCAAUGAGGAGCCAGAGGACGAGGCAUUUGAACUGCCGGCUGCAGUCGAGCCUUUCCUCGCCGAUGAAGAACUAGCCACCGAGGACACGGCGUCUGCUAUCGAGCUUUGGUGGGCCCCUUUCCCAUUCGACCGCCGGUCGGGAGCCAUGGUUCGGGCUCAAGAUGUCCCUCUUGUGAAGCAGUGGUAUCUUGAGCACUGCCCACCGAAGCAGGCGGUCAAGGUCCGAGUAUCCUACCAGAAACUGCUCAAGACCUACGUCUUGAACGAACUUCAUAAGAAGAAGCCGAAGGCUCUCCAGAGACAAAACCUACUCAGCACACUGAAGCAGACCAAGUUCUUCCAGCAGACCACCAUCGACUGGGUUGAAGCAGGUCUGCAAGUUUGCCGGCAGGGUUUCAACAUGCUCAACCUCCUGAUCCACCGCAAGAACUUGACAUAUCUCCACCUCGACUACAACUUCAACCUGAAGCCUGUUAAGACUCUCACGACGAAGGAGCGAAAGAAGUCACGAUUCGGGAAUGCUUUCCAUCUCAUGCGGGAGAUCUUGCGGAUGACGAAGCUCAUCGUUGAUGCCCAGGUCCAAUACAGGCUGGGCAACAUCGACGCCUUCCAGCUUGCCGACGGUAUCUUGUACGCGUUUAACCAUGUCGGCCAGCUCACCGGCAUGUACCGAUACAAGUACAAGCUGAUGCAUCAAAUUCGGUCGUGCAAGGACCUCAAGCAUCUGAUCUACUACCGUUUCAAUGCUGGCCCUGUCGGCAAAGGACCCGGGUGUGGCUUCUGGGCACCUGCCUGGAGAGUCUGGCUUUUCUUCAUGCGAGGCAUCAUUCCCCUCCUGGAGCGCUGGCUCGGCAAUCUGCUCUCGCGGCAGUUCGAAGGCCGCCACAGCAAAGGAGUUGCGAAGACAGUCACCAAGCAGCGAGUCGAGUCGCAUUUCGACCUCGAGCUGCGUGCGUCGGUUAUGGCCGACCUGAUGGACAUGAUGCCGGAAGGUAUCAAACAGAACAAGGUCAACACCGUUCUUCAGCACCUGUCCGAGGCGUGGAGAUGCUGGAAGAGCAAUAUCCCCUGGAAGGUCCCCGGCCUACCUGCCGCUAUCGAGAAUAUCAUUCUGCGAUACGUCAAGUCCAAGGCAGACUGGUGGAUCUCGGUCGCUCACUACAACCGAGAGCGUAUUCGAAGGGGAGCGACAGUCGACAAGACAGUGGCCAAGAAGAAUGUCGGACGACUGACGCGCCUAUGGCUGAAGGCCGAACAGGAGAGACAGCACAACCAUAUGAAAGACGGACCGUACGUCUCGUCGGAGGAGGCCGUGGCCAUCUAUACCACCACGGUUCAUUGGUUGGAGUCGAGGAAGUUCUCGCCCAUCCCAUUCCCCAGCGUAUCCUACAAGCACGACACCAAGAUCCUCAUCCUUGCUUUGGAGCGGUUGCGCGAGUCGUAUUCCACCAAGGCCAGGUUAAAUCAGAGCCAGCGAGAAGAGUUGGCCCUCAUCGAGCAAGCCUAUGACAGCCCUGGAACCACAUUGGAGCGGAUCAAGCGCUUCCUCCUGACCCAGCGAGCCUUCAAGGAGGUCGGCAUCGACAUGAACGACAACUACAGCACGAUCAACCCCGUCUACGACAUCGAGCCCAUUGAGAAGAUCAGCGACGCUUAUCUCGAUCAGUAUCUGUGGUACCAGGCCGACCAGCGCCAUCUCUUCCCCGCCUGGAUCAAGCCAUCAGAUUCCGAAGUGCCGCCGCUCCUGGUUUACAAGUGGGCCCAGGGCAUCAACAACCUCGACAGGGUCUGGGAGACGGCAAACGGCGAGUGCAACGUCAUGAUCGAGACCCAGCUAUCGAAGGUCUACGAGAAGAUCGAGCUGACUCUGCUCAACUCCCUGCUGAGACUGAUCAUGGAUCACAAUCUCGCUGACUACAUCACUGCCAAGAACAACGUCACGCUUACCUACAAGGACAUGAGCCACGUCAACAGCUACGGCAUGAUUCGCGGCCUGCAGUUCUCAGCCUUCGUGUUCCAGUACUAUGGCCUCAUCUUGGACCUCCUCCUUCUUGGGCCCCAGCGUGCCAGCGAGAUUGCCGGUCCUCCUCAGAGCCCGAACGACUUCCUCCAGUUCCGAGACCGGGAGACAGAGACAAAGCACCCGAUCCGGCUUUACACCAGAUAUAUCGACAGAAUCUGGGUCUUCCUGAGGUUCACCGCCGACGAGUCCCGCGAUCUCAUCCAGCGCUUCCUCACGGAACAGCCCGAUCCCAACUUUGAGAACGUCAUCGGAUACAAGAGCAAGAAGUGCUGGCCGAGGGAUUCACGCAUGCGUCUCAUGAGACACGAUGUCAACCUUGGCAGAGCUGUAUUCUGGGACUUGAAGAAUCGCCUGCCCAGGUCCGUCACCACCGUCGAGUGGGACGACACAUUUGCGAGUGUCUACAGCAGGGACAACCCGAAUCUUCUCUUCGCCAUGUGCGGCUUUGAAGUCCGCAUACUUCCCAAGAUCCGGAACGCUAACGACGAGUUCCCGGUCAAGGAUAGCGUGUGGUCGUUGGUGGACAACACUAGCAAGGAACGAACUGCGCACGCCUUCCUGCAGGUGACGGAGGAGGAUAUCCAGAAGUUCAACAACCGUAUCCGCCAGAUCCUCAUGUCCUCCGGGUCGACGACCUUCACCAAGAUCGCCAACAAGUGGAACACGGCCCUGAUCUCUCUAUUCACUUAUUACCGUGAGGCUGCCGUGUCCACCGUCAACCUCCUAGACACCAUCGUCAAAUGCGAGACCAAGAUCCAGACCCGUGUCAAGAUUGGUCUGAACUCCAAGAUGCCCUCACGUUUCCCGCCGGCCGUGUUCUACACGCCCAAGGAACUUGGCGGUCUGGGCAUGAUCUCUGGCUCUCACAUCUUGAUCCCGACCAGCGACAAGCGUUGGUCGCAGCAGACGGAUGUCGGAGUCACUCACUACCGCGCGGGCAUGUCUCAUGACGAGGACACGCUGAUCCCGAACAUCUUCCGUUACAUCAUCCCAUGGGAGGCCGAGUUCAUCGACUCGCAGAGAGUCUGGACAGAGUAUUCCCAGAAGCGGUUGGAGGCGAAUCAGCAGAAUCGGAGGCUUACCUUGGAGGACCUCGAGGACAGCUGGGAUCGCGGGUUGCCACGCAUCAACACGCUGUUCCAGAAAGACCGAAGCACUCUGAGCUUCGACAAGGGUUUCCGUGCCCGGGCCGAGUUCAAGAUCUAUCAACUGAUGAAGAGCAAUCCGUUCUGGUGGACGAGCCAGCGCCACGACGGCAAGCUCUGGAACCUGAAUGCCUAUCGGACGGACGUCAUCCAGGCGCUGGGCGGUGUUGAGACUAUUCUCGAGCACACUCUGUUCAAGGCGACUGGCUUCCCGUCCUGGGAGGGUCUCUUCUGGGAGAAGGCGUGCCUUGCCAAGGGAACACAGCUGCUGCGGCACGAUGGUACUAAGAUUGCCGUCGAGGAUGUCAAAGAAGGAGAUCUACUCCUCGGGCCUGACGGUGGGCCUCGUCGCGCUUUCAACAUCGUCAGUGGUCAAGAUCGUCUCUAUCGAAUCGAGAUUGGCGCAGGCAAGGAAGAUCUCGUAGUCACGCCAAACCAUAUUCUGGUUCUUCACCAGCUGAAGAAGGGCUUCGAGGACCGGCUAGGCGAUCAAGAGGAUCUGUCCGAAGAUUUGGCAGCGGAGCGCUAUGAUACUGUGCUCAUGACCGCCGACGAAUUCGCUGCCGUUGAUGCCAAGGAAAGGGGACGUUACCGAGCGUUCCAGCGCAACCCCGAUCUUGUUGCUCAAGUUCAAAGCUUCCUCGUCAAAGAUAUCCGUCUCGAAUCCGAGGCGACAGAGUGGGCCGGCUUCCGAGUUGAUCAAGACCAACUCUACCUGCGACAUGACUAUCUUGUGCUGCACAACAGUGGUUUCGAGGAGUCGAUGAAGUUCAAGAAGUUGACAAACGCCCAGCGAUCCGGUCUGAACCAGAUUCCAAACCGUCGCUUCACGCUCUGGUGGUCGCCCACCAUCAACCGAGCCAACGUCUACGUCGGUUUCCAAGUCCAGCUGGACCUCACGGGUAUCUUCUUGCACGGCAAGAUCCCAACUCUCAAGAUCUCCUUGAUCCAGAUCUUCCGAGCCCAUCUGUGGCAGAAGAUCCACGAGUCGGUGGUAAUGGAUCUGUGCCAGGUCUUCGAUCAAGAACUGGAAGCCCUCGGUAUCGAGGCGGUGCAAAAGGAGACCAUCCAUCCCAGAAAGUCGUACAAGAUGAACAGCUCCUGUGCGGACAUCCAGCUGUUUGCCAGCCAGAAGUGGAAUGUCACCCGGCCAUCUCUCCUCUUCGACACCAAGGACGUCAUCGAAUCGACAACGACCAACAAGUUCUGGAUCGAUGUCCAGCUGCGGUAUGGAGACUACGAUUCGCACGACAUCGAGAGAUACGUGCGGGCGAAGUAUCUCGACUACACCACCGACAGCAUGAGUCUGUACCCGUCAGCCACAGGUCUCAUGAUCGGCAUUGAUCUCGCGUACAACCUCUACUCUGCCUACGGUCAGUACUUCCCAGGCCUGAAGAUGCUCGUUCAGCAGGCCAUGGCGAAGGUCAUGAAAGCCAACCCCGCGCUGUACGUCCUUCGUGAGCGUAUCCGCAAGGGCCUGCAGCUCUAUGCAUCCGAGAGCAACCAGGAGUUCCUGAACUCUCAGAACUAUUCGGAGCUCUUCAGCAACCAGACCCAGCUCUUCAUCGACGACACCAACGUCUACCGGGUCACCAUCCACAAGACCUUCGAAGGCAAUCUGACGACGAAGCCCAUCAACGGAGCCAUUUUCAUCUUCAAUCCUAGGACCGGUCAACUAUUCCUGAAGAUCAUUCACACCAGCGUCUGGGCCGGACAGAAGCGUCUGGGUCAGCUUGCAAAAUGGAAGACAGCUGAAGAAGUCGCGGCCCUGAUCAGGUCUCUGCCCGUCGAGGAGCAGCCCAAGCAGCUCAUCGUGACUCGCAAGGGCUUGCUGGAUCCCUUGGAGGUGAACCUGCUCGAUUUCCCCAACAUUUCCAUCCGCGCCUCGGAACUGCAGCUUCCCUUCCAGGCUGCCAUGAAAGUGGAAAAGCUCGGCGAUAUGAUCCUUCGAGCGACGGAGCCGCAGAUGGUUCUCUUCAACCUGUACGACGAGUGGUUGAAGAGCAUCUCCUCCUACACCGCCUUCUCUCGCCUGAUCCUGAUCCUCAGAGCCUUGCACGUCAACCAGGACAAGACAAAACUUAUCCUGCGUCCAGACAAGUCAGUCAUCACGCAGGAUCACCACAUCUGGCCGUCUCUCUCGGACGAGGACUGGAUCAAGGUUGAGACGCAACUCCGAGAUCUCAUCCUCAACGACUACGGGAAAAAGAACAACGUCAACGUGUCGAGCUUGACCAGUAGCGAAGUCCGCGACAUCAUCCUGGGUAUGGAGAUUUCGGCGCCGUCCAUGCAGAGGCAACAGGCGGCGGAGAUCGAGAAGCAGCAGCAAGAACAGCAGCAGCUCACGGCUGUCACCACCAAGACGCAGAACGUGCACGGCGAGGAGAUCAUCGUCACGACGACGUCGCAGUUUGAGCAACAGACCUUCGCGUCCAAGACGGAGUGGCGCACCCGGGCGAUCGCGACGUCGAACCUGCGGACGAGGUCCAACAACAUCUACGUCUCGCCCGUGGACAGCGACCUGGAUGACGUUACGUACGUGAUGCCGAACAACAUCCUCAAGCGGUUCAUCACCAUCGCCGACCUCCGGGUCCAGGUGGCCGGGUAUCUCUACGGGUCGUCGCCUCCGGACAACGACCAGGUCAAGGAGAUCAGGUGCAUCGUCAUGGUGCCCCAGAUCGGGGGUCUCCGCAGCGUGCAGCUCCCUCACCAGCUUCCGCAGCAUGAAUACCUCAAGGACAUGGAGCCGCUGGGCGUGAUCCACACCAUGUCUGGCAACGAGCUCCCGUACAUGUCGGCCAUGGACGUCACGAGCCAUGCCAGGCUCCUCGAUGCCCAUCCCGGGUGGGACAAGCGAAACACCCUCACCGUCACCGUCUCAUUCACUCCGGGCAGCGUCUCGCUGUCCGCCUGGGCGCUCACACCGCAGGGCUACAAGUGGGGCGCGGAGAACAAGGACCUGGGCAGCGACCAGCCGCAGGGCUUCACGACGAGCAUGGGCGAGAAGCGCAAGCUGCUCCUGAGCCCGCGGUACAAGGGCUUCUUCCUGGUGCCGGACACGGGCAACUGGAACUACAGCUUCAUGGGCAGCGCGUUUGGCGGCCUGGAGAAGAAGCCGGUCCACGUCAAGCUCGACACGCCCAUGCCCUUCUACAGCGGCCAGCAUCGGCCGGUCCACUUUGUCAACUUUGCCGAGCUGGAAGACAUAUGGGUGGACAGGGAGGAUACCUUUGCAUAGACGAACGCACAUGGAAGGAAUUGCAGGAGGGCGUCCAGGGCAGGGAAGGGAGAAAUGUGUGUUUGAAGCACGAGCCCAUAUUGGGCCGGCAAAAAACAUUGGAAAGAAACAUCGAUGGGGCUCUUUCCGCGGAACAAUGCGAUCCAGGGGUGGGAGAGGGACGGUUGUCAUCGCGUGGCAGUCGCGUGGGCAAGGGGCAG